GGGAAUUUUUACUAGAGUAGGUCAUGGAGAGCUAAAUUUGAGCAUAUAGGGAAGAGAGAGAAAGAGAAAAAGAAAGGAAGAUGACAGAGAUUAUAACCAUUGUGAGCCAAACAACAACAUCCUCUCCUUAUUCCAAAAAUCUCCUCACAAGUUUUGCUUUGAAAAUCCUUUAAUUAGAUGAACACCUCUAAAUCUUUUGUUACCAAACAAGAUUCUCCCCCUAUAUUGAUUGUGGAUAUGUCUGAAUCAUUUUCCAAGAACCCUAUUUUUCUAUAAAUUCUUCCUGUUAACCUCUUUUUUCUGGGUCCUUCAACCCUAAAGCUUCCAUCUUUGCAGUUCUGGAUUCCCCUCCCUUUUCCCCCCUUAUCUAUUCAUUUUUCUUUCUUUUUUUUUUUGAAUUUUGAUUUCUGGGUAUUUUGUAUUUGAUAAUAAGGAAUCCAAAAAAGUGUAGAAAUUAGGGAUUUUGUAGGAGGUGGAUGAUCAAUUAGAGGAUGAGGAGGUUUUGGGGUGUAUUUGUAGUUGUAGUAAUUUUGGGUGGAAUAAUUUGGGGCGGCAAAGCUAGGGUUUCUGAGUUGGGUUAUUGUCCAGCUGUUUCAAUUACUGAUGCGAUUUUAGGGUUUCCUGAUUCUAUAUGUGAUCUUCAUCAUCCUUACAAUAUUGCUGUUAUUGAGGGAGAUGAAGCAGUUUUGCAGAAGGCACUGCAUCUGGUGUACAGUCUCAGUCAGGACUAUGUAGCUGUCCUGUUUUAUGCUUCGUGGUGCCCCUUCUCUAGGAACUUCAGACCAAGUUUUGCAACUCUCUCUUCCCUGUAUCCGUCAAUUCCUCAUUUUGCAAUUGAAGAAUCAGCCGUCAGGCCAAGCAUAUUGUCAAAGUACGGAGUGCACGGCUUUCCUACUCUCUUUCUUUUGAAUUCUACCAUGCGGGUUCGCUAUCGUGGUUCUCGCAGCCUCGGUUCACUUGUUGCCUUCUAUAGUGAUGUUACUGGCAUAAAAGGUGACCCAAGAGAUCGUUUACCACUAGAGAAAAUCGAACAUUUGUCUAAUCUUGCAAGCAACGACAAUAAUGAAGCAGAAAAUUGCCCAUUCUCAUGGGCAAGAUCCCCCGAGAACCUUCUUCGGCAGGAGACAUAUCUAGCUUUGGCGACUGCUUUUGUUCUACUGAGGUUGUUGUACCUGUUUUUCCCGUUUCUAGUUGAAGUUGGUCGUUCUACUUGGAGAAAACAUGUGCAACAUUUCAGGUUAACAACCAUAUUGGAGCACCCUCUACGUUACUUGAACAGAACACAACAAUUGUUCAGUUUUGUUAAGGAUCCUUACAAGGGAAGUAACUUUCAAGAAGGCGCGAUAAAUGCUAGGGUAUGGGCUUCGAAGUCACUAGCUUCAGCGGUUGCCAUCGGUGAUGCAAGCACAAGCAGAGGCGUGAUGUUGAAUGCGAGUCACUAACAUGUUACAUUGAUCGACUCUGUUUUUGUAUUUUUCUAGGUUGGAGUCACUUGCAUUAAGAUAAUGCCGUAAUGGCAUCUCGUGUUGUGUUUUAUUUUUGUUCUUAAGUUGUAUUUGAUCCCUCCACUGGUUCGCAAUUCAAAGUUACCUUGACAAAGCUCCGGGGUUGAAGCUUUAUCGUCUUCGUUUUCCAUGUUCCAUUGUAACGACAUAAUGGGAGAAUUGAAGACGACAAGUAGCAUACCCUUCGGCCCUCCCUAUGUGAAUAGUUCAACACAAAUACACUGUCAAUGCUCCAUCAUGUAUCUCCUAAGGUUUUUCUGUUAUGACCUAACUUUCUUUUUUGAAUUGCUAUUUUUAUAAAUAAAAUCGGACCCUUUUUAAUGCUGUUUGCUCCAUCACCAAACUAAUUAAAGCUUCGUUUCAAUUCCUUCUUUUCAUUCCCUGCUCCACAAUGCUGUUUUGCUUCUUUUUUGAAUUGCUAUUUGCUAUACAUGAAAAGUACUACGCAACCAACAAUCUUCUACAAUCUUAGAGCUAAAUUUUUUUUUAUGAAAAAAACAU